GUCUGCGCGUCCGGUAUGAAGUCGGUGAUGCUGGCAGCUCAGAGCCUCUCGCUGGGCCACCGAGGGGUGAUGGUUGCGGGAGGUUUCGAGAGCAUGUCGAACGUGCCGUACUACCUUCCCCAGGCGAGGAGCGGUCUUCGCCUCGGGAACGGUACCGUCGUCGACGGUAUCAUCCAUGACGGGCUGUGGGACGUGUACAACGACCACCACAUGGGCAUCUGCGCCGAGAAGUGCUCGUCUGCCUACGGCAUCAGCAGAGAGGCCCAGGAUGAGCACGCCACUAAGAGCUACCAGCGGGCGGCCUUGGCGUGGAAGAAGGGACACUUCGACGAGGAGACGACGCCUGUGGAAAUCCCAUCUCGGAGAGGCUCGCCGACGACUAUCACCAAGGACGAGGAGUACACAGAUGUGAGAACCUGAGGACACAACCCUAUCGAUUUAUUUUAUUAGUAUCCUACCAACACGUCGGGGGACUGUUGCAAACGCGGUUUAACCUCUCCUUGUCUUGCCGUCAGUGUUCACCUUCUCGCGUGUUGAGGAGCACUGGCCAACUCUUUUCCGUCGACGUCUGUUCCCGCAACGUGUAUGCACGUAUAUCAAUCGGAAACAGAUCGACCUCGGUAAACUGAAAAGCUUGCGGCCUGCGUUUCAGCGAGAAGAGGGCACAGUGACUGCCGCCAAUGCUAGCAGCCUCAACGACGGGGCGGCCGCGCUUGUGCUCAUGAGCGCCGCAAGGUGUGAUUGUGCUAGCCUUUCGAAACCCGUCGCUGGCUGCAUCGCUCUAUACCCCCCCACCCCAACAUUCAUCAGUAUUCAUACAGGAAACGAUGGCACUUGUUGAACAAAACGCGAUGGAAAACAUGUGACGGUCCUCAAACGUUCAUUCACGAACGACAAAUUGCUUCUCAAUCGUGGCCAAGAUGCGUGGUGGUUGGUGUAGACUGUUCAGGCGAAGAUGAAGCAGGCACCCUCCCAAAAACAACGCAGCGGUCGCUCGGAUUUCGGUG